AUGAGCGACUACUUGGAUGCCCUUCGUGUCCCCUUCAUCUGUGGUGAUUGGCCGGAUGAAGCUGCCACCGAAAAGUUCUGGAAAAAGGCCCAUGAAGACCCUGAAGAACUUGCUCGUUGGAUUGAUUUCGAAGCGAGCAAGGAUGACCGCGGGACGGAAAUCAUGGAGGAGCUGUUCCAAGGCGCAAUGUUCUUUGGGUUCAUGCAGAGACUGUUCGGCCCAGCGGGUUUGGAUGUUGCAUAUGAAGAUUUCACCACCAGAGAGGAUGACGAAGGAAAAAAUGAAGAGAAAAAUGAAGAAGAGUACGAUGAGGACAUAGACGAUGACAUGGAUGAUGUAGUAGAUGAUGAUGACCUUGUUGAAGAUGAGGUGACGGACCAGGAAAGCAACAACCACGAGAAUGAUGACGAAAUGGCUGACGAAAGAGUUGAAAGUGAAGAAGACAAUCUGGUCAUUGAAAUGGGACAUUUGACCACUUACGCUAUGUAUUGGAUGGCACUGGAAACCCACAGGGAUGAUUUCGAGGAGAGGAAGGAGUAUCUGUGGCCUCAGCAUCAGGAAAGAUUCACCGUUGCAUCAAGGGUCAUCAACAGCUUGAUCCGUCAUCGGAGAGCCCGAUAUGCGCGUGAUGCGUUUACCGAUGGGACCGAACUGCCGCUGCUGGAUACGAUCAUCCUUUCUUGCAUCAUUCUUCUCGAACAGCUUCACGAAAUCCCCAGACAUUUGUUCAACGGCGAAGCUUGGUUUCCGAGCUGGGAAUUAGAUCAUGCCUUAUGGUAUUAUCUGAGGCAAGGAGGAUGGUGUAGUGGGGAGAUUACCACAUUGCACUCCAAAUUCGUUUACGCGUCUAGCCUGUUGUCCUUGAGCGCCCUCGACCGUGGCAUGUUGGAGAGAGACCACUCGAACUGCGAUGAUGAUGCCUGCCGGGCAGACUACAUUGACGAAAAGACCUAUCGCACGAAGCACGCUUUCAAGAGUUGUCCGUGCGCCCACAUUGGUGAUGAUAGACAAGGCGAAUCCCAGAUCAUGCAAUCACUAGGCCACAAUAUCAUACCAGUGAUCACAGUAAUCCCUCACGAGGAAUCACCAGAAGGCAUUCAGAUUUCUGUUUCAGCAUCAGACGCAGGUCCGUACGUUGCGAUAUCACAUGUCUGGUCCGAUGGUCUGGGAAACCCCACAAGGAACACCCUCCCGGCGUGUCAACUACGUCGAAUCCAAACCUGCGUCGACGCUCUAUAUGAUGAAAGCAAGAGACCCAUUCCAUUUUGGAUAGACACGAUAUGCGUACCCCGUGAGAAAGAAGCCCGCAAGAAAGCAAUCAGGAUGAUGGGACAAACAUACGAAGGUGCGGAUAAGGUUCUGGUCUUGGAUUCAUGGCUGCAUCAUAUGGGACUUGACGAUGACGACGAUAUCGAUAGCGGACUGAGCUGCCUCAAGAUCAAAGCGUGUACGUGGGCAUCGCGUCUGUGGACUGGUCAAGAGGGCAUGCUCGCUCGCAGCGAUCAGCUUUACUAUCAGACGGCAAAUGGCCCUGUGUCGGAGAUCAUACUUACCGACUUCUCCGAUCCCACCACCACGGUGUCGGGCCUUGAAUUGGUGGACGCGUAUGUGGGAAUCAAGGGAGAUCCCCUCAAGGAGCGGCUACCUUCGGUCCGCGAUCUCCUCAUCCACACGGUUCUUCGUAUCAAAGAGAUUCAGGAGCUUGGAGAAUUGGAACAUCGCAAAUACUCCCGAGGAGAGGAUAUUGUCAUGCCGGAGACCGACUUUCCAUGGGAGCAAGGCCGAGAGUUGUUGAGGAACCUAAACCACUUCAGACUUGGCGAGAAUGUUCGAGACGAGGGCAAAAGCUUCGUUCGGAUGACACGUUGGAUGUUGAAAGGGUCUGAUAAUAAGCCUUUUCUGAGAGUGUGGGGCACGAUGGGGAAUGACAUUGUUGCAAUCGGGUGGGCCAUGAGAAACAGGUCAACAAGCAGGAUGGAGGACGAACCAAUCUGCAUUGCCACUCUUCUGGGCCAGGAUACGGGUCCACUCCUUGAAGAACCAUCUCGAGAAGAACGGAUGAAGAUAUUGACCUCCAAAUUAGGCAAAGUGGCGUACAGCUUGAUGUUCGCACAGGUGGAGCGCAUUGAUGAAGAUGGCUAUCGCUGGGCACCGAGAUCUUACUUUCAGAACAGAACAGCUGGCUUGCCACAGUAUGGAGGGUUCCAUAUCGGCGAAGUACGAAGAGAAGGGCUCCUUUGUGACCGCCUGGACGCUAUUCUUCUUGAGCCAACACAGCUCCCAUUCCAGCGGGAUGUACUGGUGAUGGUUGAAUCUGAGCAUUAUCAAAUCCGUGCGUUGACUGAGGUAUUCUACCCACCCAAAGCGAGCUCAGCCCAGCUCGCAAUCCUUUGGCCCACUAAGGAAGAAAGUCUCGCUCCCCAGGAGAACGAUGCAAUCAUUGUUGAGGUCAAGCAGCAACAAGGGAACACCUUCUUUUCCGGAUUUGUUUGUCUAUCGUCUUUCGGGAGGGGUUCUGAAGACCCGGAAGCCAAAGCGAUUCCUGGAAUCUUCCUAAGGGCGCAAGAACAUCAAUGGUGCGUAGGAUAG